AUGUCUUUUAAAGUUAAUUGGAAUUCUUUAGAAACUGAUUCAUUAUCAAUAUGGACUAAAGAAAUAUUAACAAGUGCUUUAAAUUCAGGUAAAACUCCAAAUAUUUUAGCAUCAAAUAUAACAAUAAAAGAUUUAAAUUUUGGUAAAACUGCACCAGAUUUUGAAAUUUUAGAAAUUGGUGAAUUAGAUAAAGAUAGGUUUAGAGGUAUAUUUAAAAUAAAUUAUAAUGGAGAUUUUCAUUUAACUUUACAUACAAAAGUUCAAGCAAAUCCUUUAAAUAUUUAUUAUUCAAAUUCAAUGGAACAAGAAAUUAAUCAAGAUUAUGAAUUUAUAACUCCUCAAUUUGUUUUAUCAAAUGAACAAUUUGCUAUACCAUUAGAUUUAAAAUUAUCUGAUAUUAAAAUUAGUGGUAUUGGUACAAUUGUAUUUUCAAAAUCAAAAGGUUUAACUUUAGUAUUUAAAAAUGAUCCAUUAGAUAGUAUAAAAGUAAGUUCUACUUUUGAUACAGUUCAAGUAUUGGCAAAUUUUUUACAAAAACAAAUUGAAUCACAAAUAAGAGAUUUAUUUAGAGAAACUUUACCUACUUUAAUUCAUCAAUUAUCUCUAAAAUAUUUAAGUCUUGAUAAUAAUGUUAAUGAAUUAAAAAAUAAAUUUGCUGCCAAUGUUUCAGUAGAUUCAACUAACAAUAACAAUUCAAGUACUUCCACAUUGAAAUUAUUAGAAGAUGAAGAAGAUUUAUCAUUAAUUUAUUCUUCUAAAAAUUUACAAAAAAAUUUAAGAUAUUAUAAAUCAAGAGAAACUAUGAGUUUAAAUAUUUUAAAAUUUAAAAAUAUUAUACAAAGAACUCAUAUGGAUAAAUUCAAUAAAAAUUAUCCAAAUUUAUUAAAUUCUUUAUCAAUUAAUAAUAUUGAAUUACAAAAAUACGUUGCUCAAUCAAACUCAUUAAACAAUAAUGGAAUUCCAAUUGAUGUAUUGACUGAUGAACCAUAUAAUAAAACAGAUGGUUUAUUAAAAGAUAUUUCAUCAAUUCAAGCAAAUAAUUAUUAUAAAUUUACAAAAGAUGCUCCAAUUAAACCAAAAAGAAGAGUCAUUAAAUUUAAUAAGAAGAAAUCUACACCAUCAACUUCAUCUUCAUCAUCAUCAUCUUCUUCAUCAUCAUCAUCAACAUAUAAUAAUAGUACCAUGAGCGAAUCAAUCGGUGCACCAUUAACUCCAACAACUACAAUAAGCUCCAAUUCAACAUUAUUAGAUAACACAGUAAACAAUUCCACAAUUCAUGAGUAUAGUCAAAUAAAAACACCGAUCAAAUCAAAAACCCCAACAUCAUUACAACAUCCAACUCCAAGAAAAGCAGAACAAACUAAAGAAUAUGAUAUACAACCAUCACAACAACAAGAACAUAAUCAUAAUGCUCAAGCAUCACGUAUAUAUCAAGAAUUUAUGAAAGCUACACAAUCUCCAACACCUUCUACAAUUUAUGAUAAAGUAAUUACAAAUGGUGGAGGUUUAGGAUUAGGAAAUACUGGUUAUUUCAAUUUCGUACCUCAAAGAACUUUAAGUACUUCACCAAUAAGAACAAACAGUGCUUUAUUAAUAAAUAACAAUGAAAAAGAUUCCAAUCUUGAUGAUAUAAAGGAAGAUAAAUUAGAUAAUAAGAAAUCAAUUAAUCAUAUUGAUAUAAACAAGAUUAAUAAUAAAUUACAAGAACAAUUGAAUAUAAAUAAUACUGAUAAUAAGAAAUUAAAUAAAAUUGGUAGUAUUGGUCAACAACCAAAUUUAAUUCAUAAUGAUUCAUUUAAUUAUUCAGGGUUAUUUACUGCUCCACCACCACCUUAUUAUCAUUAA